AUGAUUGGCCAGUUCUUGGAUCGGGCUGGCCAGGAGGAGGCCACCCCGCUCGAGAGAGCCUAUGCUGCUCUCCAGUUCGCUGGCCGCAACACCCUCCGGCUUGCUGGCAAGGUGGGGGACAGCGAGGCGGUGGGGAUAGCCCGCCGCUAUGCCCACAAGAGCGUCAAAGUGGCCAACUACGUUGCCGCCUGCCUGGCCAGCGAAACACCAGCCGCCAUCACACACCGCAUGCACCAACUGGCCGGGGGGCCAGAGUGGGCUCGCUGCGAGCUCCCUCACAGCAACACCGCGACCGGCCUCUCCAUGUACCUGGCCAGGGUGAAGGGGGCCAAGCGGAGGACACAAGCCAAGCUCCUGGCGGAAAAGCGUAAAUGCUACUCCAACAACAAGGACACCAUGCUCGCCAACGCCACGCUUCUCUCCCCCAAGGACCUGUCCAGGUUCUGGCGCAGGCUCAGGACUGUUGAGCCCGCCAGGCCCACCAGCAAAGCCACUGUGGUGGUGGACGGCGAUACACACACCGUCCACAAUGCACCUGCCAUCCUCAACACCUUCCACGAUUUCUGGGCCACCCAAUACACGGCUACUCCUAGCUAUGUUGGCGAAAAGCCGUGGUUCUAUGGCCAGCCCCGCGCCAUCCCCUCUGAAGCUAUCAAGGCCCUCACUGGCCUCAUCUCCAUGGAGGAGUACCAAGCCGCACUGGCCUCUGCUAAACCUGGCGCCCCAGGCACCGAUGGAAUUGACAUGCUUAUGCUACACGCGGCCACCAACAACACACACUUGUGCAUUGUCGAGUGCAUGAAUAAAGCCCUCGUUCCAGGUGCUGAGGUCCCCGAGGUUUGGCGCAGGGCCAGAAUUAUCCUCAUCCCAAAGGCUGGGUCGGCGGCCAACCUGGCCAACUAUCGGCCCAUUUCUCUGUUGCAAGUGUCCUACAAGUUGUUUACAAAAAUCAUCACUAAUCGACUCUCCAAUGUUGCCAACCAAUACAUCCUGGCUGAAUCCCAAUUGGGAUUUCAAACUGGUAUGUCGUCACAGUCCGCCCUGCGUGUCCUAACAGACAUCAUUGAAGACUCCAAUAGGCGGGGCAGCAAGCUCCACAUAGCCUAUAUAGACUUCAAAAAAGCCUUUGAUUCUAUACACCACAAAGCCCUGUUCGAGGCUCUCACCUACUAUGGACUAGGAACCGACUUUGUCGACCUUGUCCGCAGACUUUACCAUGGCUGCGAGUCAGACAUCUACGUUAACCACAAUGUCAGCAGCAAGUUUCCUGUCCGCCGAGGGGUCAGGCAGGGAGACACCCUGUCCCCCCUCCUUUUCAUCCUGGCCGUCAACCCCCUACUUGAGUGGAUCGGCAGGGGAGACUCUGGACACCAAUUCCCCAACGGCCUUGCGGUCCCUGUGUCGGCGUAUUGCGACGACAUUGCCCUCACUGGCCGCAAGGCUGAAGACUUGGAAAGCUCGGUCCGCAUGUUGGUGCAGUUCGGCGCCUGGGCGGGGUUAGAAAUAAACGCGUGCAAGUCUGCACACACGUGCGCCAGAGCAAGCAGACCAGCCGUGCUUCACGCCCCGGACGCGACCACACCCACACCAUUGCUGCCGCACUCCGCUUGCUACCAGUACAUGGGCGUCGCCGUCAACCUUGACCUUAACUGGUCUGUGCAGAUGACACAGACUAAAGAUCGCGUCACCAGGUACCUGCACCUAAUCACCCACAGACACAUAUCCACAGAGAGCAGGAUCUAUAUCAGUAACAUGGUCAUCAACGCCCUGGUGGGCUAUAGCAUGUGCGUCGUGCAAUACCCGCACGCCUGGCUCGGCAAAGUCCAGUCCUUGAUCAUUACUGCCCUCAAGCGGUCCAUGCACAUCCCCGCUAACCUAGAUAAUGAACCCUUCCUCAUGGCCACCAGCGAAGGGGGCCGGGGCCUCACCAGCCUUGUUGACUUGCAAAACGCCAUCCUAUGUGCCAGCACCGUGCAGGAACUCACGUCCCACGCCCUCAGCACGCGUACUGCCGGCGCCUCCUGGCACCACGCCUUUGCCUUUGACGGCAGCCACAUCGGCCGAUGGGCUGCCGCCCUCCGAGACAUGGGCUGGCAGGCAUGGCCCAGGACCAGUGACAUGGACUGGGUCGGCCACUUUGUCGCCGACCCGGCCCUUGCCCAUGCGCUCGUCAAUAAAGGCAUAUUCCGCUGGUCUCACAUGACCACCAACGGGGUGCUCAAGCCCAAGCAUCUCAUUGUUGGGAUCACGGGCGUCGGCGUCACAACCCAGGAAUACCUCAGGAUCCAGGCCAUCCUGAGCUCCAGCCGGCACACACAUACGCCACUGGCUGCCGCCCACAAGUCCCUGCGUGAGCUAAAUCGGUUCUCAGCCCUACCUGAAGAGCUCACGGACCUACACUUCAAUCACGCCACUAACACCCUGACCGUGUUCACCGACGGGUCCUGCGCCAACGACAAGGCAGCAGGAGCCGUCUACUUCGGACCCCGUUCGCGCAGAAACAGGGCCUUCGCCAUCGCUGCAGCCCCCAUCUCUAUGGUGGCGGAGCUCCACGCAAUUGAAGAGGCCCUGCUAUGCGUGCCAGCGGGGGUCAAUGUGUGUAUUGCCACGGACUCCAAAUCCAGUAUCCAAGUCAUCAACAGCUGGGGCCGAUGGAAACAGAAUAGGAAGACCAAACAAGAGGGCCGGGGAGUGAUUGAACGCAUCACCGCCAUCCUCGCCCUAUUCGAGGCCGAGGGGCGCGGGGUCAAAUUCCAGCAUAUAUAUAGCCACAUUGGAUGUAAGACCCGCGCCGCCCGCACCGGUGAAGAUGCUGCCAAGCUCCAGGCCAAGCUGCGGGUCCUCAAAGAUGAGCUGUGGGGCCCCUUCAAACCCUGGGUGGACGGUAAUGAGGGCGCAGACCGGCUGGCCAGCGCCGGGCACUCCAAACCUUAUAUCACCAAGCCAUGGACGAUCCCGCCCCUCGGGCUGGCAGUCACGGUCUUUGACCAGAACGGGCACGCCGUUGAAGGAAGCCUCCGCCGCAAAGUACUCCACUCCCGGGCUAGUAGGUGGACCAAAGCCAUGCGCAACAAACCUGCCCGAGGGGCCGCCCUACGAGAUGACUGCACAGACAGGACAGCCACGCAUGCCGCGGUGGACUGCAGCCGAGACCCCACCGUGGCAAGGCUUGGCCAACUUCCUGCACAAGGCCAGGUACGGCGCGCUCCCCUCAAACACACCAGGCACAGACUAUACUGGGCCAAGGCAGCGGACGGGUCCAGCACCCCCCGCGCCCCGCCAUCCCAGACGCGAUCCGAUCGGAAACGACUGGUUAAGUGGAUGGCCAGGCAGCUGCAAUUCAAGGACCAAACGUGCCACCUAUGCCCCGCGGGAGACAAGGAAACAGCCGACCAUGUCCUAGGCGGAGAAUGCGCACUGCACACGCUGGGCGACGCUGAAACAGGAAACGCUAUCAGAGAAAUGAUCAAGGCUCGCGCUACCUCUAACAAGGCGUACGUGGACCAUAUCCCCCUGUGGUUCCCUCACGGAGGUGCGCCAGACAGCCCGCUCCUGCUCCCCAUUGACACCUUCCUCAAACUUGCUUCAUACAAUAAGCUCAUGGGUGGUUUGGGGUACGUCCCCACUGAUCUACGCAAGGCCCUCGGGUUCUUCGGCAUCACCGGCCGCAAGGAGCUCAUCGCGGCAAUCGCCGCCUACCUGGCCAAGGCCGCUAAUAGCAAGUGGCAACGCAGAUGCAAAAACAUGAUUGCCAGCGCCGAUUGGGCAGAGGCCGCAGCACAGGCGGAACGCCUGGUCAGCGCAGGCAUCGGGUAA